GGUAAACUUUUCCUGACUAAUUUUUCUAAUUUUAACACUUUUAAGAUUCUCUUCAAACCCAAAUGAUGUCAAUCCGAUUACAUAAUCUACCUGGAUUUUGUUCAAGUGAAUGUGUUUAAUAAACAAACAAUGGAGGGAAGUGGGAACAGUGCUUCACGGUGCGCGCGCGCGCUCGCUCAGGUAAAGGCAGCAGUGGUGAGGGUGGGAGUGUCAGGUGAGGCGCGCGGCGCUCUUCCGGGUUCACUUUGAUCGGUUCGGGCGCCUCUGCAGACACAGAUGGCGGGAGUCCGCUCGUCAGUCCCGCGCGCUCGGUGACAUGCGCUCGUGGCUCGGUCCGUCAGCUCAACUCGGAAGCAGAGGAAAGUUCGGCGCGCGCGAGAGUCCAUCCCGACCGGAGGCACCUGUUGCUCCGGUUCCGGCACGCACUCAGGUGUCCUGAAUCACCUGGAUUAUAUUGUUGUUGGCGGGGGAUUCCUGUCGGAGCGGACGUGAGGGAUGAAGGUGACGGUGGUUUUCGCCGACACGGCGGUGGUGGUUCCCUGUAAGGACGGAUGGACGGUCCAGGACUUAACGGAACAGGCCACCCGGAGGUACCGGCGGAUUCUGGAGCAGCGUGGAGACACGGAGGUGAAGGUCCAUCACUUGGAGUACACAGAAGGAGGAAUCCUGGACAUGGACGACCUGCUGGUUGAUCUGGUGGAAGACAGAGACAAGCUGGUUGCCAUCUUUCAAGAUGACCCCCGUCAAGAAACUGAGAGUCCCCAAGACAUCGCGUCCAACGGUUUCUCCAGCGCCGCGGCGAGUCCAGAACCCCUGUCGUACUACGGCCACCUGGAGUACGAAGAUCCCAGUCGAGGAGAGAUUGAAGUCAACGAAGACACCCUCCUCAAAUCCAAUACUCCUCUGAUGGUGAGGAGCAGCAGCGACUCGGCUUUGGCUCCUCCCUUUGAGAAGAUACCCACACCUCCACCUGAGGAUCCAGACUCCAGGCCUCCAGAUGCUGAAAUCAGCCACGUUCUGAAGGGGGCCCUGGAGCGACUGCGCACAGACAGCCCCCCAGCCAAGAUGAACCGAGCUUACUACAGCGCUUUGACGCGAACCGUUGAGUUCCCAGGUGACCGGGGAGCUCUGGGCAUCCAUGUGAUCCCCUACUGCUCCUCCCUCAGUGGACGGACGCUGGGGCUGCACAUUAAAGGCAUUGAGGAAAACAGCCGUUCAAGGCGGGAAAAGCUCUUCAAGGAGGACGAGUGCAUCGUCCAAAUCAACGACACACCUCUCCUGGACAAAACCUUUGCACAGUCCCAGGAAGUGUUUCGCCAAGCCAUGAUGUCCCCUUCCGUUUGUCUGGAGGUCCUUCCUGCCCCCAACAAGCCUCGCUACGAGAAGAACCUGAUCGGUCAGCUCUUCUCCGACGGCAAAGAGAGCCCUUCCAAAACAUGGAGCCCCGGGACGAGUCGCGCCCAGCCGGACCCCAAACAGGAUCCGAAGCUGAAGGUCGACGCGAAGCUCCCAGACGGUCCCAGACGGACCUAUGAGCCCAGCCUGCAGAACAAACCGCAGGUGCAUUCUGCAGACAGGGGAUCUCCCACACCUCCAAGCCCCUCCCCGACGCGCAGCCAGAGCCCGCCGGACCCCAGGAGCCCCACUGCGCCUGCAGACCUGACCAACAUGACCACCCGGAAGGGGGGCAAGAAGAUCAGAGUUGACCUCAAGAAAGGAACGGAGGGGCUGGGCUUCACCGUGGUCACCAGGGACUCCUCCGUCCACGGCCCGGGGCCCAUCCUGGUCAAGAACAUCCUGGCGCGCGGGGCCGCCAUCAAAGACGGGCGCCUGCAGCCCGGAGACCGCAUCCUGGAGGUGAACGGCGUGAACAUGAUGGAGCGCAGCCAGGAGGAGCUGGUGGCCAUGCUGCGCAGCACCAAGCAGGGGGAGAGCGUCCGCCUGCUGGUGGCGCGGCAGGACGACCUCCUGCCGCGGGAGCUGAAAGGCGAGGAGGCGAGCAGGCAGGUGAUGGAGGACGGCAGGGAGCAGCUGAUGUACGAGAUCCCCCUCAACGAAACGGGCUCCGCCGGCCUGGGGGUCAGCCUGAAGGGGAACAAGUCCAAGGAGACCGGCGAAGAUCUGGGGAUCUUCAUCAAAUCCAUCAUUCAUGGAGGAGCUGCUCAGAAGGACGGCCGGUUGAGCGUUAACGACCAGCUGAUCGCGGUGAACGGCGAGACUCUGGUGGGGCGCUCCAACCACGCCGCCAUGGAGACACUGAGGCGGUCCAUGUCGUCGGAGGGAAACGCCCGCGGCACCAUCCAGCUGGUGGUCCUCCGCUCAGCCAGACAGGCGGGAAGUGCCAACAACGCACCAACUUCAGGUGGAAGAGCAUCUCCGGCCACACUACCUCGCCCUCCAGAAGCCUCCUACAUCCAGGAGCCCCGGGGCCCCGAUGUGUCCCCGAAAACUUCAGGACCUUCUAGAGCCCUGAAGCUGGAGUCCGCCAUGAACGGCCACGCCCCACUGAGAAGCGCUCCAGCCUCCACCAACGACGACCACAGUCACUACGGCAACGAGGAUGGUGAGGGUGGCUUCCCCCCGCCCCCAUCCCCGAGCACGGUGGAAGAAAUGAACAGGGAUUUAACUCUCGCUGCCCCACACCACAGCGAUCCGUCGCCAACGUCUGCAGCUCCCCUCAGAAUGAAGCGCCUGGAUCAGGGCGUCGUUGGCAACAGAGCCUCCAAGAGCAUGGACUUAGUGCCUGAUGAGAGCAACUUAGGUGGGAAAAGCAAAGACAUCUCAGCUGGGGAGGCGUUUGGCCCCACCCUGGGCCUCCAGAAGUCCAGCUCCCUGGAAAGCCUGCUGACCGCCAUGUCUGAGCAGAACCACGCCCAGGCCCCCGUGCCCUUCCACCGACCGCGGCCCAACAUCGCCCGAGCGCGAGGGUGCAACCAGAGCUUCCGCAAUGCCAUUGACCGGUCGUACGAAGGGCCUUCUGAGGACGACGACGACGGGUCGGAUCAGAGCUCCGGCCACGAGACCCCGGCCAGCAGCUCCUCCCGCCAGGACCUGGACGCAGACGAGGGGAAGAAGAAGAAGAAGACCAAAGGGAAGAAGAAGGAGAAAAAGAGCAAAGGGAAGAAGAAAGCGGAGGAUUCAGGAGACGAGCUGGAGAAGAAACCCAAAAAGAAGGGAUUUGGCAUCUUAAGAUUUGGAAAGAAAAAAGACGACAAGAGCAAAGAUUCAAGCAAAGUGUCGAAAAGCAAGCUGGACGCUCUGAGCGAGGAAGAGUUGGACCAAAGAGACGGUGACCCGCGUUAUGGCGAUGCCCGCUCCGGUUACAUCACCCCCGACCGAGGUUCCCUCCCAGACUACGACGACGAUGACAGCGACCCCAACUACGCCCGCGUCAACAACUUCCGCCAGGCCCCUUCCCCGCUCUUCCAACCCAGCCGCACUCCUUCCCCGGCGAUGCCAGCGGGACAGAGCGGUCAGCUCCACCCCGCCGCUGAAGAGUUCGACGGGCUGUACGCCAAAGUCAACAAGUCCAGACCUCCACCUGCUUCCCAGAACCAGCAGCAGGUGUACGGAGACAGAGAGCACCCGCAGGCCAGAGCCGCCCCCGGUUACGAGGAGCUGGAGGCUGCAAGGCGCCGAGUCCUGGACCACGACCCGCACCGGACUGCACCCAGAGGGGCAGAGUCUCGACCGGAGCGCCGCUAUGAAGAGAUCGACCAACGCCACCCGACUCAGCCCAGGAGGGAUCCAUAUGACUACCCCACCUCCAGGCCUGUCGCCCGGGAGCCGAGCCCGUACUCCGCCCAGCAGGUUCAGGGCCAGCAGCGCUACUACCCCUCCACGCAGCAGCAGCAGCAUGCACAGCUGAGGCAGGACGUCCCGCCGUCCCCCACCGGGGGUCGGGGCGGCCACUACUACAGCGAAGCCGCCCGGGGAAGAGCGGACGGCUACCGGCAGGCCAGUCCGGACGGCUACAAGGACGACCGACAGCCCGACCCCAGGCGAAAGAACGCCAUGAUAGCCCCGGUGUGAAAUGCCCCAGACAUCAGGUGUGUGUAUAUUUAUGAAUCUGAGGAAACGAGCUUUACUUUUGAUAAAGAUCCAUCUGUUUUUGGGUGAAUUUACUAGAUUUACUAUGACAAGGU